CUCCCGUAUUGUCGUAUUGUUCAAACAAAACGGUUCCAUUCAAUGGAAAGUGAUUCAUUUUCUGAACAUUCCGUAGUAACCUUGGCACAUUUGGCACCAUUAUAAAGGGGUAGUAUUUUGGGGACAACUGUUAGUCGCUGCGUGUAUAGUCCUUAUGUGUGAUGGUAGUGGAAUGGGGUGCAUGGCGAGCUCCCAGAGGAUUAGCGUUUCGACAGCUCCUACUCAAGUGUCGUGGGACAGAGCAGCGGUGAAAGGAGAGACGGUGGCGGCGGCUCUGGUAAGGUUGGACGACGAGAUUGCUAAGAGCGAGAAGGCAUUUCCUGCAGCAAGGCUGGCAGUAAUCACAGCCGAGAUGGACAGUUUGCAGCAGGAAAUUAACACAUUUGAAGAAAAUACUAAGCCCGCAACAAUUACACAAGAUGCGUAUGCGAAGACUAUUCAUCAGUUGUUUGUAAGUCUAGAUCUUUACAGACGUCCCAUGUUGGCCUCCGAGAAUGAAGAUUUCGUCGCAAACGUAAAUAGAAAGGAGAUGCGUCGGCUCGAGCUGAGUUGGUUGAAGUUACGUCACAGCGAGUUGCAACGCGAGCGCCGUGUAUUGCACGCACAGAUAUUACGCAUACGUUCGCUGUACGCGCAGUUACAACAAUUACUUGAAAGUAUAUGGGGAGAUAGUUUGCGACCGGGCACGCCGCUAGAGAACGAGUUGACUCGCGCCCGAGGUCUUCGGGAUGCGCUCGCGUCUGUAAGCGUGCGUUUACGAGCUGCCGCCGAGUACUCUCACGCCGCUGUCCGGUUGUUGGAUGAUGCACUUCCAUCAUGGAAGCUUACUUCAGUUGGCAAUAGAAGCGGGUGGGAGCGCACGAGUGCGUGCGCGGAGUCGUGCCGGCUGCUGGUGCAGGCGCGCUGCCUGGAGCGGGGAGCACGCCGCGUGCUCGCUGCCCCUGCUGCCCCACGAGCAGCGCGGACCCUCAGGCUCGCCCUGGACUACGCAUUCACUGACACUUUACAUGAUCACAAAUAUCAACGCGCGACUGAAAUUUUUGUACAAUUUAAGGAAGCUUUAGUGCAACUGAUUGAUUCUAUACAUCAGGUGCUACUCAACAAUUUGGAGAACUUAUCAGCGUCAGAGAAAGAUGUGGCCCGGUACAGGCGGCAGCUCCGGUCGGCGAGAGUAAACGCCAUCGUCCAAAGAGGCCUGGCCGACCUGAAGUAUGAACCGAAGGUGCUGGCCAGCUUGAAAACGCAGAUAAAGUGAUUUCCGGGAGCACGACAUAAUUGAUCUUGAAUUUGCAAAUAAACGAAUAGGUUUAAUGACGAAGUAUGUAUAUUUUAUUUUAUAACAGAAUAUUAAUAAAAUCUAACUAGUUUUUUAGCCGUUAGUUUGUAUGCAUGGAUUUCAUAAGCAGAAAAAUAAUAUAUAGGUACUACUUCUAGAUGGCGUAUCGAGAUAAAGACGCCAGUUUUUAAGUUAGACUUUCAGGAAUAAAAUUGAAUUUAAUUUCGUGUAGUAAUUUUACGUUAUGUUGGAACAAACGUACAGACGUAAGGUAAUAAUAAAUAUAUGUAAGGUAAGGUAAUUUUUUUAUAAAUUAGUGUUUUCGCUUCUAUUUCUCUUAUAAGAUCCUUUACGUCAAUUUUACUUAAUAUCUACUAUGUACAAACAUCGUCAAAUUAUUACUGUAUUGUUAAAGAACAUUAUAAUCACUUAAUAUAUCUCCACUGGUAA